UUUUCAUCCCGAAAGGCAACCAAAAUGAACGAAUUCAACCACAAAACCGUCUUCGUGUUGGACCACACGCCGUACUUUGGAAUCUCAUGCGAAUCGCCAAUCGAUUGCGACUUCAUAAAAAGCAAAAUUCCGAUACCGCCGAUCAGCAAAAGCCUCUGGACAUGUGCGGUGGAGGCUUCGGUGGAAUAUUGUCGCAUCGCCUGGGACUUGUUUCCCACGGGGAAGUUGAUCCGGUUCGUGGUCAGCGACACGGCUGCCCAUAUUGUCAACACCUGGAACGUUAGCACCCAAAGCUUGACGCACGUCAUGAAUGCCAUGUCGAUGGUGGGAGUUCCACCGCGGCAGACUCAAGCAAACGAUUAUUCCGUGAUACACGGACUAAGGGCGGCGAUUGAGGCACUGGCCGAACCGACCGACUUUCAGAAGGAGCAACUGGCUGGUAAGGAACAAACGGUGUUCAAUUUGGGACGGGUGAUUUGUAUCACCUCGGCGCGGGAUGAUGCCAGCAUGAAAAGUUUGGAGGAUAUAUUUCGGACGGUACUGGUGCAGCAGAAUACGAUUUCAGCCAACCACAAGGAAUAUCUGAACAUCGAUCGAUGUCACUUGGUCAUCAUCAAUCUGUAUCCGGCCAAUAUGGAAUCAAUGGUCAACAAUAGGAGUUUGAUUGAUAUCUCCCCGAUACUGAAAUCGGAAAUUCAUUCCAACAAAGCGAACAGGAUCUCCAACAAACUGACCCAUUUAAUCCUGCCACACUUUGACCUGGCAAGUACGACGGUAACGGGAAUUCCGAUGAAGGAAGAGCAAAAUGCCAGUUCCAGUGCGAACUACGACGUGGAGAUAUUUCAUGGCAGCAAAGCUCAUUCUGUGUUUUUGGGAACGGAACUGGUUCUUCCGCAUAGUUUAAAGGAGGGGUCCGAUUAUGAAACGGUGACGCUGAAGUGGUGCACACCGAGAAGCUGUGGAUCGUCUGAGAUGCAGCCCUGUUUGGCACAGUGUCGCGUUACGCCGGUGGAUGUAACGUCCCGACCCAGUUCCUGUCUUAUCAACUUCCUUCUGAACGGUCGCUCGGUGCUGCUGGAAAUGCCGAAAAAGUCCGGCGGCAAAAUCACCAGUCAUCUCCUGUCGGCUCACGGGGGAGAAAUUUUCAUACAUUCUUUGAACACCUCGAGAAGCUGUUUGGAAGAGCCGCCAUCGAUUUCCGAGGGCGGUGGAGGACGCGUCACCGAUUACCGAAUUAACGAUUUCGGUCAGUUGAUGCAACUGCAUCGCAUUGUUCCACUGAAGCCGAUCCCGGAGCGCUCGAUGGAUGACAAUUUGCUAAAGAUGCGAGCCAAACUAGCGAAAAAUUCCCGCUACUGGCCACUGACCUUAAGCACGACAGUUCUCUACAAUGUACGACAGUUUGUGGAACCGAUUCUGAUUCUGACGAACAAGCCGGAGUUAGCAGAGGAAGAUAUUCUGCAGUGUCAAAAAACGAUAUACCAGCUAGCCGCGCUGGAAGGUCGCCAGGAAUCACUUGCCCUCCCGAACAUGGGUCAUCGUUUAAAGGGCAACAAACGUGAGGAACAAUACCGACUUCUGUGGGCUGAACUGGAACUGAAUGUCAGCUCGAGUGGAACGUCUCCCGGUCAUAAGACGGUACAGAAGUGUAUCCGCGACUGCCGCAGUCGAGCUCCGAUUGAGAUUCAGGACAAGGACGAACCGAUCGAUGCCCACCGGGCUUCGGUAAUUCGUGCGACUACGGAUUCCCCCAUGUCACCGCCGCACUCGAUGGCAGUGGUGGAUAGUUCGGUUUCGGCACUGCUCGCCGGCUCCAGUCGGAGCAGUAAGAAAAUCCUCGGGGGCGGUACAAAGUCACUGUUCGAUAUGUUGGCCACUGCCGAGCGAACGCAAAGCCAAAAGCGAAUAGAUUUCAGCGGUAGACUUUGCACCCCGCAGGGACAAGUGGCUAAGCUGUAUCCCAAUAUGGGGAUGAAGGAAGAAGCGGCCGCACAGGCAAGACAAGCGGAUGUGAAGUGAGGUAAGACAGUUUCCUUCGGAUUUAAUUUAUGGUA